AGCCUCUUAUAUUUGGGUCCGACUUCCUUUAUUUUCAUUACUUUGAUUCCGCAAGCAGGAAAGGGGUGGUUAUCCAGAAUAUGUCUGCUGUCGUACUUUGCUUGGAUGUUGGUUUUUCAAUGGGACGUUCUCCACCAGGGGUGGAAUCAUCCUUUGAUUUAGCAAAGCAGCUGGUCACAAUGUUUGUACAACGACAGGUGUUUGCUGAGUCCAAAGAUCAUGUUGCCCUUGUCCUUUUUGGAACAGAAGAUACUAAUAAUGCCUUGGCUACUGGUGAACAGUAUCAGAAUAUCACAGUGCACAGACACCUACAGCUACCUGACUUUGACUUGCUUGAGGAAAUUCACUUCAAGAUUAAAACAAGCAUUAUGGAGGCUGACAUUUUAGAUGCACUUGUAGUUUGCAUGGAUUUGCUGCAGCGAGAAUCUGUAGGAAGGAAGAAUGAACGGAUGCAUAUUGCAGUGUUCACAGACCUCAGCAGCCCAUUUAGCUCUGAUCAGCUGGAUGUCAUCAUUAGUAAUUUGAAGCAAGCCAGUAUUUCCUUACAGUUCUUUUUACCAUUUCCACUGCAUCAUGACGAGAGUAAAGAACCUGGGAAUGGCCCAUCAGGAGACAGACAAAGGCACUUGUUUCAUGGCAAAGAGAUAACACCACAGCAGAAGGAAGGUAUACAUAUGGUGCAGAAGGUAAUGAUGGCUGUUGAUGAAGAUGGAAUGGAUGACGUUUACACCUUCAGGGACAGCAUGGAACACCUGUCAAUCUUUAAGAAAAUUGAAAGGAAACCUAUGGCAUGGCCUUGGCAUUUAACUAUUGGUUCUGGGCUCUGUAUCAGGAUCGUGGCAUAUAAAGCAGUCACAAUGGAACCUUUGAAAAAAUCGUGGGCCACUGUAGAUGCCAAGACCUUGUCAAAGGAAGAUAUUCGACGGGAAGUAGUCUACUGUUUAAAUGAUGAUGAUGAAACUGAAAUAUCAAGCGAUGAAAUAAUUCAAGGUUACUGCUAUGGUAGUGAUAUUGUCCCUUUCUCAAAAGUGGAUCAAGAACAGAUGAAAUAUAAACAUGAUGGAAAAUGUUUUGCUGUUCUGGGAUUCACCAAAUCUUCACAGAUCAUGAGACACCAUUUCAUGGGAACCCAAGCCUUGAAGGUCUUUGCAGCAAAAGGUGAUGAGCAUGCAGCAGUCGCUCUUUCCGCCCUCAUUCAUGCUUUGGAGGAGAUGGAUAUGGUAGCCAUAGUACGUUAUGCAUAUGAUAGAAGAGCUAACCCUCAAGUGGGCGCAGCUUUUCCCUGCAUCAAGGACAAGUACGAGUGCCUAAUAUACGUUCAGCUACCCUUUGUGGAGGAUCUGAGACAAUUUGCCUUCGCUUCUCUGCGGAACAACAAACAACACAUACCUACUGAGGAACAGCUGUCAGCAGUUGAUUCUCUGAUUGACUCUAUGAACUUGGUUCAAGAUGAGGAUGAUGAAGUAGAAGAUAUCUUUAAAGUCAGCAAAAUUCCAAACCCUCAGUUCCAGAGGCUGUUCCAGUGUCUCCAGCAUAAAGCAUUUUACCCUGAUGAUCUACUUCCUCCAAUGCCACCUCAUUUGCUAAGCAUGACUGAGAGACCUCGGGAAGUGACUACAAAUUGUCAAGCCCAUCUGGAAGCAGUAAAAAAACAAUUCAGUUUGCAAGAUGCUGGCAAGAAGAAAGAUCAGAAGACCGGUCAUGAACUCUUCAGAGAUGUCAGGAAUGAGGAACCCAGCACGAAAAAAACAAGACAGGGUGAUGAUGAGACUGAAGCAUUCAGUUUAGCCAACAUUUCCGAAGGUGACAUUACAAAAGUUGGGAGUGUAGAUCCAGCAAAAGAUUUCCAAAUGCUUCUCAAACAGAAGGCUGCCAACUUCCAAGAAGUGAGUCAGCAACUUCAAAAUCGCAUCCAUGAGCAACUGGGAAUGAAAGGCCUUCAGUACUAUGAGAAGGGCAUUAAGUGCAUCGUGGUAUUUAGAAGAGCCGCUGUUGAGAGAGCAGAAGUACAGUGCUUUAAUAGAUUCCUGCAGUCCCUGAAAGAGCAAGUACAAGGGGGUCCAUUAAAAGAAUUCUGGGAUAUGAUUGUACAAGAAAAUAUUUCCUUGAUCAGCAGUGAUGAAGCGGCUGAAAGCUGUGUAACACCUGAAGAAUCAAAACAGUUUUUGGAGUAUAACAAAAUGCCAGAAGAAACUGCAGCAGCAGCAGCGGAUGGUGGUGAUGUGGAGGACUUGUUCGACAUGAUGUAAGAAAUUUCCUAAAUAAAUUACUGAAGACUGGCUUUUGAAAUGUCCUCCUUGAUGCGGAAUAACUCUUAGUAGUCAAACUCAGAAUGAUGGUGUAUACAAUUUUGCACUUACUGUGUAAUUACAUGAUGUGUGACCACACUUUUAUGCAGACAAAUAAAAUCACAAACUGAUAAGUGCAUUUAUAAAAGCUAUUUAAUAAUAAGGUAGUCAUUCAACCAAUAGCAAUUCAUAUGUAGAUAACAAUUGCAUUUUUCAUAGAAACUUGGCAAAUGUAGAUUUGGUGGACUUAAAUGCUCUUGCUGUUUGAGAGUAUCCAUGGAAAUCAUUUGUUUGUUCUUAAGAAUUCUAAUGAAUGUUAAGUAUAAAAGAAGUCUUUUUAUAGUAAAUCAAAUAAAAAAAGCAUUUUCUUAUCAGCAUUACUUA